AUGAGUGCUCAGGGAUGGAAGCCCGGGAGUCGUCUGGGUGCGCGAGAUGCUGCACAUGCCGAUAUGCUCACCGCCGGGAGUGCUUCCCAUAUCAGAGUGACCAUCAAGGAUGAUACUCUUGGAUUGGGUGCGCGCGGUGGGCGGGAUCCUCUAGGCGAGCCAACCGGGCUCGAUGCGUUUAAGGGGUUGCUUGGUCGACUCAACGGCAAGACCGAUGUGGAAUUGAAGCAGGAACAGCGAAAGCGAGACGAUGUCAAGCUGGCUCGAUACGUCUCCAUGAAAUUCCAGGAAGUUCGGUUCGUCAGCGGCGGAUUAUUGGCUCAAGAAAAGAAUGAUGAAAUUCCGACAUCGACCCCGAACGAAGCUUCGAAGUCAUCCACGAGUCCAACGCAGGCCGAGCCUACUUCAAACGACUCGACUGACCCUGCUUCCAAAUCUUCCAAAUCCUCCAAAUCUUCCAAAUUUUCCAAACCCUCUAAAUCUUCCAAGUCAUCCAAGUCAUCCAAGAAAUCUCGGUCUCGGGUGGACGAGGCUGAUGGUUCGACUUCAGUGACCGAGCCGAAAAAGAAGAAGAAAUCGAAAAAGAGGAAAGCCGAUGCUGAGGAAGGUGAUUCUUCGGAGGAGAAUGUGGAUGCUAUUGUUCCCCCACCGGUACUCACAACGGUGAAAGAGCGCAGGCCCAUUGGACGCCAUGUCUUUCGUAGCCGUCAUAUUGCGCAGAAGAAAAAGGCUUUAAUGGACGAUAAGUCCCUUAACGAGGUUCGUUUCCCUGUAUCCAACAGACAGAAAGACCGCAUGCUUACUAUAAAGCCAGAUUUUUAUGGUGAAAGCAUAGACAUAGAGAUUGGGCGUCUGGAUACUUGUGAGCGUUUGGUUUCUCUUGCCGGCCAGGUUUACACUGGUCGGCCUCGAAUAGAAGUGAAUGAAUAUAUCUGGUCUUGA